CCUUCAUCGUGACUACCCAAGUUGUGGUUCGGUCACAGUUCAAAGCUAAAACUAAACCCCACACGCACCCGUUUAACACCAAACAUUAAACCCAAACCCUAAACCUGGGAAUUUGAGGACGAAUGAAAUUUCCUCUGUCUUUUGGAUCUUCCAGUCGAGCAUUGAGUAUUUGCUUGCCCCUUCUUACUGUUGGGAAUUCCACAGUUCACUCCCUGAACUUAUCUUGACGUGAAUUUAGAGGUCGGGAGCACUUUUGAAAGCGUCUGCGUUGAUCCCAAUUAGAUUUCGGAUGACAUUUCGCAUGUUCAGGCCCUCGGUGGGAAUGCUCCGAAGCCCAUCUUUGUCCUCGUAUUCUCUUGUGUGAGCUAUGGCGUUGCUGCACAGCUCUUCGCGCCUUCUUUUUCAUACUUCGAGCAUUCUUUAUACUCUCAAUAACCGGAAGGGUGAGAAACAAAGAUCAAGCCGGGGAAACUCGGUCGUAAUGUGCCUUGCGAAGGAUAGUCGUCAAGAUCUAAAUGGAGAGACUGUGGCUGUGAUAGGAUUAGGGGUAUCCGGACGCUCAGUUGUGAAGUUAGCCUUGUCUCGCGGAGCAAAUGUGCUGGCUUUGGAUUCAAAUCCUUCAUGUGUCCCGCUGGAGGAAGACUCAGGUUUUGAAGGAUAUGAUCUGAAUCGAGUUCAAACAGAACUUGGCCCACAUAAACGAGAGACCUUGCUUAAGGCUUCACAAUUAGUCCUCUCUCCUGGCGUGCCAGUCACACAUCCUGACAUUGCUGCUGCUAUUCAAGCUGGCGUGCCAGCUUUUUCAGAAUUGGGAUUUGCAGCAGCUGCCCUACCAGGAAACAUAAAAGUCGCAGCCGUCACAGGAACGAAUGGCAAGUCCACAGUUACCACGUUUACUAGCCAGAUUUUAAGAAAUGCAGGAGUGCGGACAUUCGUAGGGGGCAAUCUUGGCACUCCACUUUCAGAUGGUGUUUUGCAAUGUCUGGCAUUCCCUGCAGAGGAUCCUCCUUUUAGUGUAGCAGUAGUGGAGGUGAGCAGUUACCAGUUGGAACUUCCUGGUUCUUUUCACCCUAAGGCGGCGGUGAUACUUAAUUUGACACCAGAUCAUUUGGAAAGGCAUAAGAGCAUGGAGGCAUAUGGCUCGAUAAAAUGCCGAGUAUUCUCGCGCAUGGAAGCUUCUGAUGUUGCCAUCAUACCUCAGUCUGAUGUGUUAUUGAGGCGGUUGGCUGCUAUGAGUGGGUCACAAGCAACCAGAGCAUGGAUGGGGGGCCUUCCUGGUGUACAGUUGGACAAGGAUGCUAGAAGGGCUAUUGUUGUAGUGCCAACCACAGGUGUUGAGGCACGCCUUUACCUAAGUAGUCUUCAAGCUGUCGGAACGCACAAUGCUCACAAUGCAGGAACAGCAGCUCUUCUUGCCCUAUCUUUAGAUGUUGGACUGCAGUCAGAAGAUAUUCAAGCGGCUAUUCCCCACUUAAAGGCUCCUCCACAUCGUAUGGAAAUUGUGCAUCAAGACGACCAAGGGGUGGUGUGGGUGAAUGAUAGCAAAGCCACGAAUGUGGAUUCCACUUCAGUUGGCAUAAGAAGCAUUGUGGGAAAGAAAGCAGUGGUGUUGUUAGGGGGCCAAGCAAAGGUUGGAGUAGGAAGCGGAGGACUUGGAUUCGGUGUUCUAGUUGAAUCCCUACAAUCUCAUCGGGCUGUUGUACUUUUUGGAGCAUCGGGCCUUGCGAUUGAACAGGAGUUGCGUCACGCAGGUUUGAGUAUCACAUGCACAUAUACAGAACUUUUUGCAGAUGCAGUGCAACUUGCUGGCUCUUUGGCACAACCUGGAGAUGCUGUUCUUCUGAGUCCUGGCUGCGCUAGCUUUGACCAGUUCAAAAAUUUUGAGCAUCGUGGGCAAGUUUUUGCCGACCUUGCAAAAGUGGUAUCUACUUGAUGUAAUCCUACAAUAUUUAGGAUACUUUGUAUACAGGGCAGCGGUUGUAUUGAGUGAUCUUAAAUGAGCUCAGUGAGGUGAAUCUAUUGCAAACAAUAGCAAUGGUAGUCAUCUCCACUAAAAACCAUCUUGCAAAAUUCGUUCGUAACAAGUUCACUCAGUGGCUUGACGUUUGGGGAGGCAUUUUUACUAGAUAAUACUACAGGAUUUAUUAUCUAGUAGAAUUUUGUAGAAAAUGGGCUGAAGAAAAAAUCACCAAUUGGCAAUGAUAAACUAAAACUUAAGUGUAUUUUAUUAAUUAAUCUUUAUUUAAAUUA